AUGUCUGGCUAUCCUGGGCAAGGCCACUACGGUGCCGCACAGCAUCACGGAGGAGGAGGAGGUUUCCCGCCUGGCCAAGGUCCUGGCUUUGGGUAUGGGUACGGAAACUAUGGCGGACCUCCUCAAGGCCCUCCCCAAGGCAACUAUGGUCCUCCUCCCGGGCAAUAUAAUUCACCACCACCCGGUAAUUACGGACCUCCUCAAGGCAAUUAUGGACCGCCCCCGGGCCAGUAUAAUUCACCACCUCCAGGAAACUACGGUCCUCCUCAGGGAAAUUAUGGCCCGCCUCCUCCAGGGCCGCGUCCACCGUCUGGACAGCCGCCUCCCGGCUAUGGGCAUAGCCCUCAACCUCAAUAUGCUCGUCCGCCGCCGGCCAACCCACCGCCUCCGGGUUACGAUGCUUACGGUUAUCCGAUGCAAGGAGGAAAUUAUGCCUACCGCGCCCAAGCCGGUCCUCCCCCUCCGACUGCUCCACAGCAGUUUGGUCACGGCGCUCCCCAAGGCUAUACGUUCCAGUAUUCCAACUGUACCGGUCGUCGCAAGGCCCUCUUGAUCGGCAUUAACUACUUCGGGCAGAAAGGAGAGCUUCGCGGAUGCAUCAAUGAUGUCCACAACGUAUCGAACUUCUUGGUCGAGCGAUACGGCUAUAAGCGGGAGGAUAUGGUGAUUCUGACGGACGACCAGCAGAAUCCCGUUAUGCGACCAACUAAAGAUAACAUGAUUCGCGCCAUGGGCUGGCUUGUCAAAGAUGCUCGACCCAAUGAUGCGCUUUUCUUCCAUUACUCUGGCCACGGUGGACAGACCGAGGAUGUCGACGGCGACGAAGACGAUGGCUAUGACGAGGUGAUUUACCCGGUUGAUCACCGACAAGUUGGACACAUUGUCGAUGACGAGAUCCAUUUCCGUCUGGUCAAGCCUCUCCAGCCUGGAGUCCGAUUGACGGCCAUCUUCGACUCUUGCCACUCAGCCACUGCAAUGGAUCUCCCGUAUGUCUACUCCACCAAGGGUAUAUUGAAGGAGCCAAACCUUGCCAAGGAAGCCGGUCAAGGUCUACUUAGUGCUUUGGGAUCUUAUGCUCGCGGUGAUAUGGCUGGAGUAGCGAGCACCGUCUUUGGUUUUGCCAAAACCGCAUUCAAAGGUGACGAUGCGUAUAACAAGACCAAGGACACGAGAACUUCACCGGCCGACGUUAUCAUGUGGUCUGGAAGCAAAGACGACCAAACAUCCGCCGAUGCCACAAUUGCCAACCAGGCCACUGGUGCCAUGUCCUGGGCCUUCAUCACGGCUUUGAAGCAGAACCCUAAACAGAGCUACGUGGAGCUCCUGAACAGCAUUCGAGAUGUCCUUGCAUCCAAGUACACUCAGAAGCCCCAGCUGUCUUGCAGUCACCCAUUGGCGCUUUAA